CUCGCUCCGGCCAGCGAAGCCGCUUCUUCUUCUUCCUCCAAAAACCUCUCGUGAUCUCGUCGGCGUUGUCGUCGCGGGCGCCGCAGCGUCGAUGACUCGUCGCCGAUCGCGCCCUCGCCGAUUCGGAGCCAUCCCCGCGUAUUCCGGCGCGAUGGAAGAGGAGAAGAGGGCAAGGGCGGCGGAAAGGGAUAGGGCUAUCGUCAGGAGCCCGCGGAAAGGGAAAGCCCCGCGGAUCGAGCCGCUGGAUGCGGAUGAUUCUGGAUGGGGCGGCGAUGCCUCGCUGGAGGUGUACAGGGAGGCCGCGGCGGUGGCAACCAGAGGCGGCGCCGGCGGCGGCGGCGAGCGGUGCGAGCACAUGACCUGCAGCGAGCAUGACGUUGCGGAAAUCGUGUCCAAGAUUGCGUCCUGGGGCGACCCGGUGUGCCAGGAUGAAACCUGUAUGUGCACCGAGAGGCACCUCAUGAUGGUGUGCGUGGAAUGCGAUAUGCAUUUCUGCAUUGGAAGGUUUGCCAAGAAGUCUAAGCCGCGAGGACACAUCGAGGAGCAUGCGUUCGACGAUGGGCAUCCGGUUGCGCUGUGGUACGAAGAUCCGUAUACUGGUUACUGCUUUGAGUGUGAGGAUCCCUUGACCAUUGGUGGUGAGGAGGGUGAUAAGGGAAUGAAGGUCAAAGGCGAGGAAGGCUGUCGCGCAUCUGGGUCUGAUAGUGGGCAUGGCUGUGUCAUCGGCGCAUCUGGGUCUGGUAGUGGGCAUGGCUGUGCCAUCAGAGGGAUACCGAAUUUUGGAAACACUUGCUACUUGAAUGCGGUGUUGCAGUGCCUCCUUGUGCUUGGAAAGCUGCGGGCAAGGAUGUCUGGACCGGACGCUCCGCCUCCAUCGGGGAUGCUUGGUAUAAUACUGCAUGAUCUCUUUGUUGCUACAGAAAGUGUGAGCUAUACACGAGACCUGCUGGACCCAGUGAUGCUCUUGGGUUGUGUGCGCCACUAUAAAUCAGAGUUCCAAGGCAAUACUAUGCAAGACAGCCAUGAAUUGCUUUGCUGUUUGCGUGAUAGUUUGAUUGAGGAGGAAAGUAAAACGAGGCCUGAUAACAUGCAACAGGAUGCUCCUAGUGCUGUGGUUCCUACAGUUAUUGAUUCCAUAUUUCGUGGUCAGCUGUUUGUUACCACUCUGUGCAAAUAUUGCUCAUUUGAGUCAGUUUCACAGGGUUCACAGGAUGCAUUCUAUGAUCUCUGUGUGGCAUUACCACUACAGAAUGAAAGAUGCAUAUCUCAACAGAAGAUUGCCAUCGAACAAUUUCCAACAAUUGACAAGACUAACACCGAAAAGAUUCAUGCAAUUUCUGGAGGCAGUGAUCCUCAGGUUCCCGCUUCAGAAUUGGGAGAUAUGGUCAUGGUGAAAACAUCAGAGCCUUUGGUAGUUGAUUCUAACCCAUUGGACCAGAUCGCACAAAGCAAGGAUGAUGUACAUUGUCCUUUGCAGAGUCCAAUAAGGAAGGAGAAUGUGCUGAUAACAUCAGACCGUGAAUUAGAGAGAACUAAGAGUGCUAUUCUUGAUAGCAUCAAGCCAGAAGAUAGUAUAGAAGCCAAGAUGGACACUUUGUCAGGAGAAGUUACUACAGAAGACAAGGGGAAAGAUCGAAAUUGUGAUGUAGUUUAUGAUGAGGCAGAUGAUAUCAACUCUCUUGCGUCAAUUGAGGAGUUAUUGGGAUUGCAUUUCAAAGAGAUGGUAGAAAAGAGGUGUGAGAACUGUUCCAAUGUCGCUCAGAAGGCAAGCCCUAUAAGUGGUAAAGAUGGUGAACAGACGGUGGCAUGUACCAAUGUGAAUAGGACAGUUGAUGGAGACCAGGCUGAACAGUCAGAGAGGAAAACAUGCCAAAGUGAGCAAUCUAGCGAUUUGGUCAGAUUGGAUGGGGAAUGCAGUUCUUCAAGUAGGCAGCCACAUGUUGCUGAUGCACAGCAUCAAGUUAUGCCAACAGAGGACACUAUGACCAAAGGAGACAUUUCAGGGAUGAGUCACGGUGAAAAAGACUCAUCCUCUUUCAGCAUAGUCAAUCAAAAACCUGAAUGUCUUGAGUGUGCCCAAGAAGAUGUACCUGACUGCCAUCUAGGUGAGAAGCCAGUCAACCUGUCGAGUGGCCAGUGCCAAAAUGCCAACACUGAAGAUCAGGGAAGGAGGAAGCAAGUAAAUCUACACCAAGUGGAAGAAAACCAAUAUGAUCAGCAAGAUAGGAACGAAGGUGCGAUUAAGACAUCUCUUAUUAGCAAGCUGCCACCUGUGUUAGUCAUCCAGCUCAAGAGAAAUACGGGGCCUAUUAAAGUGAGGCGACACGUGAGCUUCAAGGAGAUCCUUGAUGUGGGACUGUUCCUGCACCCCAGUUCUGAGGACAAAGAUAAUUCCAGCUAUCGUCUAGUUGGUGUUGUUGAGCACCUGGGCCAUAGCAUGUAUUCAGGGCAUUAUGUUGCUUAUGUGAGACCAAGUCCUCCGCAGCAGACUAAUGGCUCUUCCUCAUGGUUUUGGGCAAGUGACACCGACAUCAGAGAAGUCUCUUUAGAAGAAGUACUAAAGUGCGAGGCUUACAUUCUUUUCUAUGAGCGGAUGGAAGGCUAAGAUGCCUGGAAUUCAGCUAAUCCGAAUAGCAAUCACAAAGGAAGCAGAUAUGUCAGAUUGUCAAGCAUUCUUUAGACGGCCAACGAUCCAAUUUAAUCAGUGUAGUAUGUAGAUACCAACGUAGGCUCGUGAUCUAGUUGAAUUUUGUUGCUUUGGCCUUUGGCUGAGUCAGUGCAGGACUUCAAUUCGACCGCAACAUGUACAUACCAAUUGAGAAAUUUCGGUUAUUCUUGACCAACUGAUCGUAUCCAUUUUUUUUGGUCCAUGAGGAAUGGAUAAUUAGGAAUUCAUUUAGAAAAAAAAAACAGCAUAGUAGGACAUGUGCCAUUAGAGAAUUGACCGAGGUGAUUGUAUAGGCAUUGGUACAGUUCAGUUACUGUACAUCUGUUGGAUGGUA